CUUGUCCUGUCCGCUGAUACUUGAGCCGGACCGCCGACAAAGUGCAACCUACGCUGCCCCGGACAUCACCGCUCUUUAGUCCAGCAAAACUCGAUCGCUCGUUAAUCGCUCAUUAUCCUUUUUGCGCUUUGGAGCACAAGCACCAGCAGCUUCGACCCGAUCCCUGCGGUAAUCUACGAUGCCAUCCGUGACGGACUACCAGGUGGCGCUGACCCCCAAGGGAUCAGACCACGCGGCUGACCCUGUUCGCAAUGACGAAGAACUCUCGUUCGGGGAGUACUGCAAGACGCGGUUCACGACACUCAAACCGCCCAUGACCAAGGUGGAGAACCCGCUCAAAGUGUUGGCGCUGCUUAACCGCAUGCAGUGGCUACAGUUCCUCGUAUCGUUCAUCGCUUGGUCUUGGGACGCCUUCGACUUCUUCACUGUCUCCAUGACAGUCUCAGACCUGGCCGAGACCUUCGGCAAGACCAAGACCGACAUCACAUGGGGCAUCACACUCGUGCUAAUGUUGCGCUCGGUCGGUUCUAUCAUCUUCGGUAUCGCAUCCGAUCGAUGGGGACGGAAAUGGCCUUUUGUAGUCAACAAUGUGCUCUUCAUCGUACUAGAGCUGGCCACGGGUUUCUGUCAGACGUACACGCAGUUCUUGUGGGUCCGUGCGCUCUUCGGUAUUGCUAUGGGCGGUCUGUACGGCAACGUCGCAGCUACGGCGCUCGAGGACUGCCCUCCAGCAGCUCGAGGAAUCGUCUCGGGUAUGAUGCAGCAGGGUUACGCCUUCGGUUAUCUGCUAGCUGUUGUAUUCGCUCGUGCGCUCGUCAACACUACCAGCCAUGGCUGGCGUCCGCUCUUCUGGUUCGGAGCUUGUCCGCCGAUCUUCAUCAUCCUCUUCCGUCUGUAUCUACCCGAGACCAAGGUAUUCCAGGAACGCCAACGUGUACGUGAAGCGAGUCACAACAUGACCAAGACAUUCGUGGCAGAGGGUAAAAUCGCACUCAAGCGCCACUGGCUACUGCUCUGCUACAUGGUGCUGCUCAUGGCAGGCUUCAACUUCAUGUCUCACGGCUCGCAGGAUCUGUAUCCGACGAUGCUUGAGAACCAGUUCGAGUUCAACUCAAACCAAGUCACUGUGACUCAAGUUGUGGCCAACCUCGGUGCCAUUUGUGGUGGUACUCUUGUCGGCUACUACUCGCAGGUCUUUGGUCGUCGCCUCUCGAUCCUAGUCAUGUGUGUCAUCGGUGCUGCUCUUCUGUACCCCUACUGCUACAUUAGCGACGAGAGCGUCAUGAUCGCUGCUUUCUUCGAGCAGUUCUGCGUUCAAGGUGCUUGGGGUGUCAUCCCGAUCCAUCUGAUGGAGCUGUCUCCUCCGUCGUACAGUGCGUUCGUCGUUGGUACCGCCUACCAACUUGGUAACCUGGUUUCCUCGGCGUCGUCGACUAUCGAGGCUUCUCUUGGCGAACAUUUCCCACUACCAGACGGUGAGGAUGGAGUGAGCCGCUACCAAUAUGGCAAGGUGAUCUGCAUCUUCCUAGGUGUAGUCUAUGUCUACGUGUUCCUGUUGACAAUUAUCGGCCCUGAGGCUCGUGGCAAGGAAUUUGACGUCAAGCACGACCAGGAUCUCGAGGAAGCUGCUCAUGUCAACCGAGAGGACCUCGAGAGAAUUCUCCACGGCGACGAUGUAAGUCCCACGGGAACAAAGUCGAUGAAGGCGUAAGUAAAAUGAACUUGUGAGGCGAUGAUGCAGAUCACGAGUGUACGUGAAUACCAUAAAAAGUUGUAGUAACACCAAGCAAUUUGACAUUCAAACCUUGUUUGUUUGCAUUAGCUUCAAUAACAUGAGUGGACAUCGAGCUGAACGUGCAACGUAUCAAACACAGGACUUGACUGUGCGCAAUGCUGGUUCAAUUAAAUAUGCGCUGACUACAAAAAUUAGCUUCCUC